AUGUCAUUUGCCGAGAGUUUCUGGACUCAGGAUUAUAACCUGGGGUUUCAAAUCCUUUUUGAACAAUUGAACGAAGGGAUUCGCGAGAACGAUGACUUUAUAGACUUGUUCAGAAAAAGGAUGGAGCUGGAGAUGUUAUACGGGACAUCUCUCAAGUCGAUAUCAACAAAUGCAACCCCCACCAGCAAACGUCAAACCAAUGAUGAUUACGCGUCCACAAUCAAGAAUGUUUACUCUGAAUUGCACGAAAAUUUCAACAAACAGGGCCAGCAUCACUUGGAAAUAGCGGAGAAUAUCGAGACAAUGGUUCUUAAUCCCUUUGAGAAAUGGAGCAAGGAACACGAACAACGAGUUGGGUAUUCUACGUCCACGAUCAACGCCAAGUACAAGUCGUUAAAGUCAAAGCAAGCACAAGUGGAUAAGUUGCAGAAAAAGUAUUUCAACAAAUGUCGAAUUUUGGAAGAGUUCAAGAGCCAUUACUCAGAAGAGGAAUUGAAUGAAGAGAUUAGUGACUCUGAGUUUUACAGGAAACUUUCCGGAUCAAAAGUGGAAAAACCGGCCGACAAAGAUGGCGAUGGGGAGGAAGAUGCAGGCUAUGAGUUUACAUAUGCAAAUUUCACUACCAAGCAAAUGGAGACUCUUUUAAAGAAAAUGUUGAUUGGCAUACCUCGCAAAUCGCACAAGGUUCCAAUUUUUGGUACUUAUCAAGACGUAUCCACAGGAAGCUCCAUCACGCAAUGGGUUAUAGAAAAUGUCGCUGAGGUUGAAAAAAACCUCGACAAGGCUGAAAGCUUUGGCCAAGAUUUGAUAAAGUAUGACUUUAUUAGAACAGUUGGUUCAAUUGGUAAAUCAUUCAUCAAUUCCUCGCAAUUUUUCUAUCAAUGGAAACAAGAAGCUUUUGAUGUUGCUCAAAUAAUUCCAAAUAGCGACGAUAGCGGUGGCAGCACAGCUUUUUCUAAAGGCUUUGGUACAUUCAAUCUCGAUGACGUAAAAGAGGCAAUAGGUGUAAGUGGUGUUGACUAUACCGACAAAACUCAAUACCCCAAAUUGCUUAAUGAUGUCAAGUCUUUGGAUACUCAGUACUUUGAAAAAGUCAAAGAGCUCGAUGUGUUGAGAUGCGAAUUUGAAGAGCUCGUCAUGGACCAUUUAACGUUUAUGCAAAAAUGCGAGUUGGAUCGAAUGAAGGCUAUAAAAAAGGUCACGUUUGAUUUUAUUGCCAGCUUUGCAAACCGAGUCAAGCAAUUGCAAAUAGUCACUGAUGAGCUAGUGCUUUUAGAGGAAACCAUCAACCCUACCAGUGAUUUGAAAUUUUUGAUUGAGAAUUAUGCUACGGGGUAUUUCAAACCCCAUGUUACGUUGUACGAUAACUAUUAUGACUCGAAUCUUAGACAGACUUUUGGAGUUGAUUUGAAUGUAAAGUCUAGACUAGAUAAGAAAGUGGUUCCAAUUAUCGUGCAAAGCAUCUUGAGCCACUUGGACCAUACCUACCCCGAUUUGAAGGACGACAAAGAGAGGAUCAGUCUCUGGACUCAACCAGUUCAUUUAUCUAAUGUCCAUGAAUUGCGGUCACAGCUCAACGAAUUGUCUGACCCGCAUAAGAUUUCUGAGAUACUUCAACAAUCCAACCCGGUGGUCAUCACGAAUGUAUUGAAGUUGUAUUUGUUGGAAUUGCCAGACUCGUUGAUACCGCACAGCUUUUACGACGUGAUCAAGUUGUUGUAUGUCAACUAUCACGAGGAGUCGCAGAGGGCCACUCGUAUCAAUGCUCUUCAAAACGUGUUAUCUGAAAUGCCAAAAUGCAACAUAGCAACCCUCGAUGCGUUGUUGACUCACCUUAAAAGGUUAGUGCAGAUCAUUGGAUCUAAAGACAAGGAGGCAUCAAUACAAUUGCAAACUGCACUCUGCUCAGAGUUUGGAAAAUUGGUAUUGCGUCCAAAGUCAGGCAGCACCCAUUCAGACCUUUUUAAGAGCAGUUUCAACGAUAAGCAUCCUGUAAGCACCAUGCAGGAUUUACUCAAAAACAAGGAAACAAUCUUUAAUGAACUUCGGAGAAACAGCUCAAAAAAGACAAACAGUGCUGCAAAUAGCCCCAAUGUUAGUCGUCAUGGCUCCGCAACUCGAAAGCCUGCAAACAGUCCACCUCUUGCUCCUAGUGCAUCACUAGCAGCGAAAUCCAAAUCUCGAUUAGAGUCCAGAUUGAAAGAUGCUAUAAAGCAUAAAGGAAAAAGUCAUGCGAACGAUCACCUGGGAGAAGUAGUUGAAGAAAAAACAGAGGCGGCAGCAGAGGUUGAAGCAGACGUUUCUUCACAAAGCAAUGAUACCGAAAAUUCCAACCAGUGUGAUCUGGUUGGCAGAUCUGAAUCUAGGUCUCGUUCAGAGACCCCUCCUGCUCCUCCAACACCGACAAAGUCUCCAGCAUCAUUGAAACGCUCCGUCUCGCCAAAGAAGAAGAGAUUGUCGUCGAUGUUAUUAGACGACGUUGCAGGUUGA